GAAUUCUCAUAGUAUCACAGAAGCGCGCAGUCCCGAUCGAUACUGGAUGGCAGACGUGCUCCCGCCGUCAAGUGUAGGCACAGGGCGGUGGAUUUAGCCGCCCUGCAGAUCGCUCGCUGCGUCUCAUCAGCUCAGCACCGGCAGAGGGACGUUAACCCGUUCCCGCGCGGAUUCCCGCCUUGUCGCUGUCCCUCCACUGUCUUCCCGAGGCGGCCGAGCCUUUCAGCGCGACGCCCAGGUGCGAGUCCGGUCGGCUCCCGGCGCGUGGCGGACUAGUGGCUCCUGGCUCCCCAGUGCGUGGUCCCCAAGCGUGUACUGGGCGCCCCAAGCCUCUUCGUGCCCGCUCGUCUUCCCGCGUCUCUGUCGGGGCGUCCGGCCCGGCGGAGGCCCCGCCCCGGGACCCGCUCCCACUCCUGAUUGGCCGGCGCAGCCCGAGGGGCCCGGCCCGACCCGGCCCGGCGUCUCAGCUAUAAAGCGAGCGGCCGCAUGCCCGGCUCGGUCCAGCCCGCCUAGCUCCGGGGCUCGCCCGGGCACCCGACCCACCAUGCCGAGGGGCUUCCUGGUGAAGCGAACCAAGCGCUCGAGCAGCUCGUACCGCGCGCGCCCAGCCGAGCCGCUAUUCCCCCCUCCGGGUCCCCUCGCGGUGCCACCCUCGCCGGAGGAACCUGGUCGAGGGCUGUUGGGGUCCCCCUGCCUCUCAUCCCUGCAGGACGGCGCCGAGUGGGGCGCGAGUGGCGGCGACGGCCCCGGACCCAGCCCCGCGAGGCCGGCGGGCCCCGAGCUGCGCCGCGCGUUCCUGGAGCGCUGCCUGCGCUCGCCGGUCUCCGCGGAGUCCUUCCCCAGCGCCACCGCCUUCUGCUCCGCGGCGCCCGCGGCCGCGACCUCGGGGGAGCAGUUGGUGCCGCCGCGGGUCCCUGUAUCCGUCCCAGUCCCCAUCCCCGUGCCUGCCCCGCAUGGCUUCCAGCGCCGCGGUAAGGGUGCCCCAGGCUGCUCCUCAGCUCCCGCAGCCGUCAGGAAACCUAAGGCGGUGAGGAGGCUGAGCUUCGCAGACGAGGUGACCACGUCCCCGGUGCUGGGUCUGAAGAUCAAAGAGGAGGAGCCCGGGGCGCCGGCACGGGCUCUGGGCGGCGUCCGCACACCGCUGGGGGAGUUCAUCUGCCAGCUGUGCAAGCAGCAGUACGCCGACCCCUUCGCGCUGGCUCAGCACCGCUGUUCCCGCAUCGUGCGCGUCGAGUACCGCUGUCCCGAGUGCGACAAGGUCUUCAGCUGCCCCGCGAACCUCGCCUCCCACCGCCGCUGGCACAAGCCACGUCCCACGCCUGCCUGCGCCGCGAGUAAACCUCAUGAGCCGCUGACCCCUCCGGACCCUUCCCUGGCGGCGGGCAAGGAGAACGGCCGCGUGCCCCGGACCGACGAUCAGCACCUGCAGGCUCGGGACAGCUCCGGGGACGGUCAGCACCGGGACAGCGCCGCGCGCCCGGGCCUGCAGGCUCUGGUGCACCCGGAGGCCGCGCGACCGCAGGCCCCCUACCCCGAGGUGAUUCUAGGGCGCCACGGGCCCGGGCAGAGCGGUGCCAGCGCAGGAGCGACAUCCGAGGUCUUCGUGUGCCCGUAUUGUCACAAAAAGUUCCGUCGCCAAGCCUAUCUGCGCAAGCACUUGGGCACCCAUGAGACGGGUUUGACCCGUGCACCAACCCCGGGUUUCGGCUCGGAGCGCACAGCCCCACUCACCUUUGCCUGCCCACUUUGCGGGGCGCAGUUCCCAUCCGCGGAUAUCCGAGAGAAGCACCGGCUAUGGCACGCCGUCCGCGAGGAGCUGCUACUGCCCGCCUUGGUCGGGGCUCCUUCGGAAGCGGGUCCCGGAGGGGCACCCGAUGGUAGCGCUCAGCAGAUUUUCUCCUGCAAGUACUGCCCGUCCACUUUUUUUAGCUCCCCCGGCUUGACCCGGCACAUCAAUAAGUGCCACCCCUCCGAAAGCCGGCAAGUGCUGCUGCUGCAGAUGCCACUGAGGCCUGGCUGUUGAGGACCGAGAUUUCAAGAAUGGCUUGAAGAAAACAAUAUGGGGAACUCCUGUGGGGCUUUCUUCAUCUUGCAAAUUUCCAGUUUCCUUCCUAUGCCUUCCCUCUUAAAACUCUUUGCCAUGAUCUGCCGGAGGAGAGGGCAACAAGAUGUAAAACCCCCUCUCUAGAGCAGGUAUGUACUUGGCAUAAAAAUUUACGGUCAACGCUGACAGCUUCAAGUCCUCAUUUCCACGAAAAUAGGAUUUCUCCUUCCUUAAAACGCUGGAGACCCCAAUGGAUCCCUCUCGGGUUUGUAGUUCCUAUGGAAAAUCGCAGCGAACGCCUACAAGUCUGUCUACACAAGGUUCUACCAAAAGUGGUAGUCACCAACGUUUUUUCUUUUUUUUCUUUUGCCACCUCAGGCAUUUAUGUUGUUUCUGUUUCAACAGGGUCAGUUUUUUUUGUUUUUUUGUUUUUGUUUUUGCCGUGUAUAUUCUGUAACUCAAGCUAUGUGACUGAUGUCAAACCUGAAGGGAAGAAGACUCAGACCCACAUAAAUGGACAGGAAAUCUGAGGAUGUUGCUGUCUGGUGUGAUCCUGUCCCUGGGACUUUCUUUCCUCAGUUGAAUGUAUUAGUCCCUUCUUUUAAAUUAGGCUUUGGAGGGAGGGAAGGUGUUGCUUAAUGAGAACGAGUUGACGCCCUCUGAAGUUUGCUAUUUAAUGUGGUGCAUUAGGAGGAGCUACUUAAAAUCUUUCUUUACAUAACUUUAAAGAAAUACAAUACUCAUUCCUGAAGUGUGAAUGUUUUCAUAGCAAGAUUUCAUUUAAAUUAUGUAAUGAUUAUGCUGUAAAUCUGCUGCAUAUCACAUCAUAAACUGUUUGACUUAAGGGAGAUGUUAACACUUGCAAUCUACCAUGAACUGAAUGGCAAUUCACUCAAUAUUUUAUACUUUCUUUUCAGGAGCAACUUUUGAAUUUCUUUUUGUAAAUCAUAUUCAAUGUGUAUUCUGUAACUAUUCCCUCAAUAGCCAGAGUCUGGGACACUGGCAGAGUGCUCUUUGACAAAUAGAUUUGUAAGAAUGGUUCCACCA